AUGCCACAAAACGAACACAUUGAACUUCAUCGUAAAAGACAUGGGAGACGUCUCGAUUAUGAAGAACGACAGCGCAAAAAGCUGGCUAGAGCUGGCCAUGAGCGAUCUCAAGUGGCGAAGAAACUCCGCGGUCAUAAAGCUAAACUUUAUCAUAAGAAGAGAUAUUCUGAGAAGGUGGAAAUGCGUAAGUUAUUCAAACAACAUGAAGAAAAGCAGCAAAAGGGCACGGUGGAAGCCCCUGAUCAGGGUGCUGUUCCGGUGUACCUUUUGGAUCGUCGACAACAAACAACAGGAACAGUUCUUUCAAAUAUGAUCAAGCAAAAGAGGAAGCAAAAAGCUGGGAAAUAUCAAGUGCCUAUUCCUCAAGUCAAAGCUAUCAGUGAUGCCGAAGCAUUUAAAGUGGUCAAGUCUGGCAAAACGAAUAGGAAAGGCUGGAAGAGAAUGGUUACGAAGGUCACUUAUGUUGGAGAGUCGUUUACUCGUAAGCCAGCGAAGUUCGAGAGGUUUAUUCGUCCCAUGGGAUUAAGGUUUACAAAGGCUCAUGUGACUCAUCCAGAACUCCAGACGACUUUUUAUCUUCCAAUUGUGGGAGUGAAGAAAAACCCUUCUAGUCAGAUGUAUACGUCAUUAGGUGUGAUAACAAAGGGCACUAUCAUUGAAGUUAAUGUGUCAGAGUUAGGUAUGGUGACACAAGGAGGAAAGGUUGUUUGGGGAAAGUUUGCUCAGGUGACGAAUAAUCCGGAAAAUGACGGUUGUAUCAACUCUGUUUUGUUGAUCUGA